AUGUUCAUUAAUGUAAUUGAAGCUGAUGAAAACGAUAUCAACAGCAUAAAAAAAGGUUUGAGUCGAGUGUUGGUGAAAAGAUCGACAACAACCCUUGGCUCGUUGCGGGAUGUUUUACGAAACUGUUCAAACAUUUUAAUUGAGGAUGAAGUUCUUUUCAACGUUUGUAUAAAGCAACCGACAAACAAAUGUUGUUUCACGAGAUAUGUAGCAAUUCGAAAUAUAACAACACAGCAGAAUGAAAUAUAG